GCCUGGAGCCUCGCCUGCCAUUUGUGGCACCGCCUGGACCGCCAAGCUCCUGGAGCUGCCCUUGGCCCCGGUCACGCUCCACGCUGCCGCAGCCUAUGCCGCGGCGUAUGCCGGACACGGUGGCAGAAGCGCGGGCAGCGCGGGUUCCAGCACAGUUGCUGGGUGGGUGAAGGAGAACAUUUGGGAAGUUCAAGAGCUUCCUGGUGGCUUAAUGGCAGGCUUCAUUCGUUUCGCGCCGCCACUGCCCAGCGCGCCCCAACUGGUGCACUUGGCCGAGGGGAACGCCGCCCCGCGCUUGACGGUGACGGAACUCACAGAGCGAGGCAUGAUCCUGCAGCUGCACAUCUCUGAGCCCCUGGAGGAGGAUCUUCAUCUCCUCUACACCGCUGGGACCUGUCAGGGUCGCCUUUGCUUCGCCCGGCGCAGCGCCGCGCCGCGGGGCGCCGCGACGGCCGCAGCGGACUUCGUGCCGCGACUGCAGCGGCCACCGGAGACGGUGCUGGUGCAGAGCUGGAAGGCCUCCGCUUCUUCCCCCGUGCGGCACGUGGCGCGUGUGGCGCGCUGCUCGCGCCGGGGCUUCGCGCUGUCGGGCGACUGGAGCGUCCUGGCCGCGUUGCGCUACGAGGCGCUCGGCGCGGAGGUGCCGCUCCACGCGGAGCUCUUGCAACAGCUGGCGCCUUUGCCGGAGGUGCGUUCUGAAGUGCAAGAGGAUCAACGGCUCAUGGAGAGGCAGACGGAAAGCAAACUUCGGCUCCUAGCGUCGCACAACAGCGGACUGUCGGCGCCCCCUGAGUCGGAGUGUGAGAUGUCCAUGUCGCCAACCUCAAGUCGAGGCUUCAUCUCCACCGGCUUCCAACCGCCAUCUCCACCGGCAGCGCCCAAAGAGAGCUCCGCCAUAGCACCUGCACGACCCCGUGUGGUGAUUGAACAGCCGCAGCCCCCGCGGAUGAAAAGUGAGAUUCUCAUUUUCGUGCUGCCAGUGGACAGUGAAGAUGAACAGAAGAAUCAUGCCAGAGAUGUUUGUAUGUCUUCUUUCGUGCGGAGCCAACCUCGCAGUUUGACAGUUGGAUCAAGCUUGCACAAGAACGUAAUGGAGAAGAGGCAGAAGGUGGAAGAAGGUGACCAUGGCCAUAGCCAUGGCUAUAGCAACAGUCAUCCUCGUAGCCGCUUGCCCGUCACGGUGCUCACUGGCUAUUUGGGUGCUGGCAAAACAACGUUGUUGAAUUAUAUCCUGAAAGAGCAGCAAGACAAGAAGCUGGCAGUCAUCGAAAAUGAGAUUGGUGAGGUUAGCAUCGAUGACGCUUUGGUGGAACAGAAACACGAAGACAUGGCGGAAGAGCUGGUUUUGUUGAACAACGGCUGCAUUUGUUGCACAGUUCGAGGUGAUUUGAUCAAAACCCUACACAACAUUGGCAGGAAAUACACCAGUGGCCAGUUGAAACUGGAUGGUGUGUUGAUUGAACUCACAGGUAUGGCCGACCCUGCCCCUGUGGUGCAGACCUUCAUCGUGGAUCGCCAGGUGCAAUCGACCUUUAUGGUGGACAAUGUGGUGGCACUGGUGGAUGCCAAGCAUGGUCUCGAAAAGUUGGAUGAGAGCAGAGGUGACCCCGAGAAGGGCACCGCUUGUGCUCAGAUCGCCUUCUCCAGUACGGUGCUGUUGAACAAGAUCGACCUGGUGGAUGAGACGCAGCUGGACAAGGUGACACGGCGAAUCAAGGAGCUGAAUGGUGCAGUGGAGAUCAUCCCCUGUCAGCAGUCCAGGGCACCCAUGAAUCGCCUCUUCAAUGUGGGAUGCUUUAAUUUGGAUAAGGUCUUGGAGGAGCAGUACAUGGAUGAAGCGGAGUUUAUGCAGCAUUAUCGUCCCAAAAUGGACAAGUCUGUCUCCAACGUGGGGGUCCGGUGUGAGGGUCAGGUCAUGAUGUUUGCCUUCCAACAGUUCUUGGACCGGUAUUUGGACGAAGAGGAGACAGCCAAAGACUUCUUGCGAGUAAAGGCAGUUUUGAAUAUUGCUGGCAGCGAUCGGAAGUUUGUGCUCCAAUGCGUGCACAUGCUUCGGAACCAGGGCUUUACCGAGCCUUGGGGGCCUCAAGAAAAACGCGAGAACCGCAUCAUUUUCAUCGGUCGUGGGAUGCAGCCGCGGCGACGAGAGUUGACAGAAGGCUUCCAAUCCUGCCUGAUGACCAAGCCGUUGCGCUUCGCUGUGGGUACCAAGAUCAAGGCCAAAACUGGAGAAGGGCCCAAUGGCUGGGAGCGAGGUGUGGUGGUGCGCCAGUGGGACGAGUGCAACGCCUACCGCUUGAAGAUGCAGGGUGGCGAUGAAGUGCAUGCACCAAUGGAUUUGGACUGCUUUGUGACCAAGGCGCAGAUCAUGGGCGGAGUCCGCCGACGGGGUGGCAGGACACGAAGGAGCGACGAUGCCAAAGAGGUGGCCAGGCGACCGCCACCAAGCCCAAGCGUGCCAGCCGUGCUUCGCAAGGUCUCAAGUCGAGCCGAUGAUCAGGUGCUUCAGUGUAUAGAAAGUCUAUAUCAAGACAAGCUGAAGCCUUUCGGCCGCAUCCUCCGGAAGCGCGUGGCCGAGCGCCAUGUGGAGCCCUUCGUGGCAGGACGUAUGGAGCUGCCGGACGUGGACGUGCAGCAUCUCCGAGAGGUUUGCGAAGCCUCAGAGUCCUUGCUGCUGACGCCCGAGGAGGGCGGUGAUUGGUCCGCCACCUUCAAAGAUCGCAGCCAACACUUCGUGGACAUCUAUAGCACCACCGAUGACUUUGCUCCAUCCAUUUGGCAUGCUGCAACCCAGUACUUCAAAACGCUGCCGGAAGAGGAGGCCUUGCUGCCCGGUGGUCGCUACUCGUGUGCCCAGGCGUUGUUGCAACGAAGCCUUGACUUCCUCGAGGGCUUCUCCUUGGGAGAGGUGUGCCACUUGGUGCAGCUCGCUAUCUCCAAGCACAAGAUCCUAGGCUAUUGCAAUGGCGCUGUGGUGCCCUACAGCCGUUCUCAGUCACGGGUGAAGGAGGAGUGCGCCGUCUCUCAACAACCGUGCCAAGCACAGAAGGAAGACGUGGCCAACACGAAAGCGCCCCAGCUCGAGUUAGCCUCCUUGACGAAGGCGCGCCAGUGCUUGAAGGAGAUUCUGCAGUCUGCGGAGCUCCCUGACAGCACGGGGCCAUCGAUGAUUCCGCUCUCCAACGUGAAACGCUUGUUCCGCUCCAGGUAUCAAACGGAACUCAGUGAGACGUCGCUGGGACACUCCAAGCUGUCUGAGCUCUUGCAAGACGAGCGCUUCGCUGACAUUUGCGAGGUGCAGCUGCAGGGCCAAGGCUACAUUGUCGUGCAAGUGCUCGGAGACGACUGGGAAGAGGUAGAAGACUUGGAGGUGCCCCGCUACACCGGAUCCGAAGAAGGCCUUGAGAGCCUGGCGGUGGACUGUGCAUUGACCCCGUUGACCCCUGUCCAGGACGAUGAUGGCUUUCCGAAUCCAACGGAGGAGGUCACGCCAGUGCUGCGGACACCCUUGGCCUCACCGGGCCUAGCGACGCCCAACACCGUCAGCAGGUGGACGGUGUAUAAUUGGGGCAUGCAGGGACACUCCAUGUGGGGUGAAGCUCCACCCUUGCCACUGGGGGGAGGCGUGGGUCCGGGCUGCUCCGAUGGCGCUGGCUGCGACGCGACGGACAGCACCGUCGACUCAGCCCGUACGGGCGACCAAGCCGCGCGCGAGCGCAGCCGCUCGCGCACGGAGCCUCCCAGUCCAGCGCCGGCCGAGCAUGAUGGACCCGAAGCACCGGAGACACCCAUGAAGGUGGAGCUCUCCAUCCUUCAGCGAAUGCAUGCGACGGUGCAAGAAGAUGAGGAGGAGCCAAGAGCUCGCAUCCCGUUUUGCCCAGGCGAACCGUUGGCGCUUGAGGAGGCUCUAGAUCUCCCCCCUGGACUUCCGGAUGCCGCAGAGCACGUGAAGAACACCUUCAUCCAUUCAGCGGUGACUCCCUUGGUGACGCCAGAACCCGCGGGCUACCGACGAUCGCAGUCGGUGCCAAAGGCGCCGGGACACCGGCGGGGCACGGUCAGACCUGCGAGUGGUGCCUGA